AAAUCAUUAAAUUCAGAUGUCAAAAUCAAAAACUCGAAAUUUACCAAAAAAAAAAGUAGAUUAAUCCAAGAAGUGAAUAGAAAACAUGUUUCGAGUAAUUAAAAAUGUCUCACCUCUGCUUUGUAAAAAUCUACUGCAAAGAUCGGCCCUACAAGAAAAUGCUAUUCUCAUGUUUGUGCAGGGCAAACACCUUCACACAGAUUCCGAAAGUGAAAAGUUUUCUUUGAAACAUGAAGAAGUCGGCCGGCCGCUGUAUUUCGACGCACAAGCGACGACCCCUGUUGAUCCAAGAGUACUUGAUGCCAUGUUGCCAUACUUAGUGAGCUAUCAUGGUAAUCCACAUUCCAGAACCCAUGCUUAUGGGUGGGAAAGUGAAGCUGGAGUGGAAAAAUCAAGAGAACAAGUUGCGAACCUCAUUGGAGCCGAUCCUAAGGAGAUAGUGUUCACGUCUGGAGCUACAGAAUCAAAUAACAUAUCUGUAAAAGGUGUAGCACAUUUCUAUGCACCAAGAAAGAAACAUAUUGUGACAACUCAAAUUGAGCACAAAUGUGUGCUAGAUUCAUGUAGAGCUCUAGAAGGAGAAGGUUUCAAAAUAACAUAUUUGCCAGUGGGUACUAAUGGCAUAAUAAGUUUACAAGAAUUAGAGAAUGCUCUCACACCAGAAACUAGCUUGGUUUCUAUAAUGACUGUCAAUAAUGAAAUUGGAGUGCAACAACCAAUUUCUGAAAUUGGUGCCAUAUGUAAGAAAAAUAAGAUUUUCUUUCACACUGAUGCAGCACAGGCCAUUGGGAAAAUACCAAUAGAUGUAAACUCUAUGAAUAUAGAUCUCAUGUCUAUUUCUGGUCAUAAAGUAUAUGGGCCGAAAGGUGUGGGUGCUUUGUAUAUAAGACGACGUCCGAGGGUUCGGGUGGAGCCUAUUCAAAGUGGAGGGGGUCAGGAGAGAGGGAUGAGAAGUGGAACUGUUCCAACACCCUUGGUUGUAGGAUUAGGAGCAGCCUGUGAACUCGCAGAGCGUGAAAUGGCAUAUGACCACGCGUGGAUGGAGAAACUGGCCAAUAGGUUUCUGGACAAGAUUUACUCAAAACUGACACAUGUCAUAAGAAAUGGCGAUCCCAAACAGACAUAUCCUGGUUGUGUUAAUUUGUCAUUUGCUUAUGUGGAAGGUGAAUCAUUACUAAUGGCAUUGAAAGACGUGGCGUUAUCGAGUGGAUCAGCUUGCACGUCAGCGUCUCUGGAACCGUCGUACGUGUUGCGAGCUAUUGGCGCUGACGAAGAUCUUGCUCACAGCUCAAUUAGAUUUGGAUUAGGGAGAUUCACUACAAUAGAAGAAGUUGACUACACGGCAGAGAAGACAAUCAGACAUGUGGAGAGAUUGAGGGAAAUGAGUCCCUUGUGGGAGAUGGUACAAGAAGGGGUAGACAUCAAAACUAUUCAAUGGUCUCAGCACUAAGACAUAUUAAUUAAUCACAACUUAUAGUGCAACAAAAAAGAGUAAAAAGAAAACGGUAACCCUGUGUACUGUCAUCCAAUUGUCUUGAUACUUGAUAUUUUAAUAUAUAAUUCUUUCAUGGUAUACAUUUAUUAUUGAUAUUUGAUAUUUUACUCUAUAUUUAUUUCAUGACAUACAUUUAUUAAAAGAGAUAGUAAAUUUUAUCUCAAUAAAUCAUAUUUAUUGUAUUUAUCUGGUAAGUAUCUGAAUUUCCACAUUAAAUUAAAUUAUCAAUAAUAAUAAUUGGUUAUAGCUCUUAUAAUGACAGAUGUCUGUGACAGUAAAUGUGGUGUUGCCACACAGCGAGUUAAUUAGUUCCAUUUAUAUCAAUUUCUACUCUUUUAUGUCACACUAUUGGUAUGUUUCAAAGAUCUGGAAGAUUUAAUUUAAAUUUUAAGAAUCAAUGUGAUGGCAACUUAAAUAUCGUAAUUUACUCAAAUGUCUUUAGAACAGAAAAUGUAUAUAUAAAUGUUGUUAAUAUUAAAAUUAUAAUGUUUAAAAUUGUAUACGUGUUUGACUUGAUUUGAAUAGUUCGAUAAAAUCACAAUAGUUGUAGCAGUAAAUGUAAAUUAAUGAAUUCGACACAUACUUAAACAAGUUUAAUAUUAAUAGUAUGAUAAUUGAAUUGGAAAUUUAUGUUAAUUCAAAAUUAAUUUAUUUAAGGCUUACUUUACAAUCACUUUUGAAACGAUAUGUUUUAUGGUGAUAUAUAAAGUCAAAUGAAACUCAUAGAAAUAGACCUUUCUUGUUCUGUUAUUCUACCUAUGAUUUGCGACUCCAUGAAGCUCAUAUGAGACGAUUGUGAUAUUUAAAUAUAUGUAUAUAAUAGUAAAACAGCCUCAAUAGCUCAAUGGUAAGAGCGGUCGGACUCAUCACCGAGGGGUGGUGGUUCGAUCCCCGCACCGUUGGUCUAAUGUCGCACCCACUCCUAGCACAGUCUUUCCCGACUAGUUAGAGGGGAAUGGGAAUAAUGGUAAUAUUAAAAAAAAAUAUGACAAAUAUUCUUUAAAAAAAAAUAGUAGUAAUAAUAUACUGCAUAAUCUUUUUUGACUUAAUAGCUCUGCGUAAAUAACAUAAGUAGUCACACAUAGAGACCACUCAAUUCCACGAGGGUUAUUUAUAGGUUGGACUUGAAAAAAAAGAUGUGUCUGUUCUUUUUAUCAAAAAAAGCCUAAAAACGUUUGAGCUUAAUUCAAAUCAAUCAUAGUCUCAGAGUCAAUAGCAAAUAAUUGUCGCUUUUUCCUUGUAUAAGAGAAAAAGGGGAAUAUUAGUUUUGUUUAAGGGUUCAUUUACCCGAGCGGCAACUGCUAUCGACGACCGCCGUCGCCUGCCGCCGAGACAUCGCAGACUGUCGUUGGCUGCCGCCGAGACGUCGCUGACUGCAGUCGUCGGUAGCAGCUGCUGCUCGUGCAAAUGAACACUAUAAUAUUUUUUUUUUAGAUUUAUAGGUAAUAUUGAUGGGACAAAGAACUCAGACUGCUUGCUUUUAGCCUAUAAAAUUAGGAACACUAAUUUUAGAUAUUAGAUUUGUUUUACGUACGAUAGACUACAUAGUCUGCUUAUAAUAAAUAGACUAGAAAAUUAUUGAAAUUAAAAGUUUAUAGAUAGUUACGUGACUUUGUAUCUGCAUUGAAUAAUUUUAUUUUAUUUUAUGAGAUAUUUGUUUUUUUUUGUUAUUUGUAUGUAUGUAAUACUUGUAGUUUUAUUCUAUUAAUCAUUGUCUAAAAAUAGUAAUUGUUACCGCAACCCGAAAUUAUGCUGUAUCUCCCGUAAAAUCGAGACGAAUUUUCAUUAUUUUAUCAUAAAAGAUCUAAUCGAUGCACCUUAGUAGGUACCUACAUAAUUACGUCAUUACUUCCCUUGCUAUUUUUUUCAAAUGUUAUUGUUCAAGUAUGAAUGACUAUGAGUCAUCUAUUAUUUCUGUAUGCGCACGUAUAAAACAAUGCUAUUUUUUCGUAGAAUAAGUUUACAGACCAUUAAAGACAUGUUACGUAAUA